AUGCAAUUUCGAGGCCCUCGGACCAUCAAAAGUGGAUCCGGGCCGAAAGAUUGUCCGCGAGGAGACCUUCGUGGGAGCGCGGAUCGAACGAAACGCUCCACUAGAGGUCUGGGGCACCCCGCCUUCCGGUUCUCUCGGAUGUUCGCCGCCGGAGCAGGCCACACGGUGCUCCUCAGGAGCGACGGCAGCGCCGUGGCGUGUGGCAGGAGCACGUAUGGUCAGUGCGACCUCCCCGCGCUGGGCGCCGACCUGAGCUACACGCAGGUUGCCGCAGGAGCUGCCCACACCGCGCUGAUCAGGAGCGAUGGUAACGCCUGCUCGUGCGGGCAGAACAGUUAUGGUCAGUGCAACCUCCCCUCGCUGGGCGCCGACCUGAGCUACACGCAGGUUGCCGCCGGAGGGGCCCACACGGUGCUGAUCAGGAGCGAUGGCACCGCCGUGGCGUGCGGCCAGAACUGUGAUGGUCAGUGCGACCUCCCCGCGCUGGGCGACGACCUGUAUUACGUGCAAGGUGCCGCUGGAGCAGGCCAUACGGUGCUGCUCAGGAGCGAUGGCACGGCCGUGGCAUGCGGUAGGAACCGUGAUGGUGAGUGUGACCUCCCCGCGCUGGGCGCCGACCUGAGCUACACUCAAGUCGCCGCUGGAGCAGGCCAUACGGUGCUUCUUAGGAGCGAUGGCGCAGCCGUGGCGUGCGGCCAGAACGGUGAUGGUCAAUGCGACGUCCCCGCGCUGGGCGCUAACUUGAGCUACACUCAAGUUGCAGCCGGGGUGGCCCACACGUUGCUGCUCGAUGGGUCCCACACGGUUCUGCUCAAGAGCGAUGGCACCGCCGUGGCGUGUGGCAGGAAUUGGGAUGGCCAGUGCGACCUCCCCCCGCCAGGCUCCGACCUGAGCUACACGCAGGUUGCCGCUGGAUUUACCCACACUGUGCUGCUCAGGAGCGAUGGCACCGCCGUGGCCUGCGGCCAGAACGGCGAUCGGCAGUGCGACCUCCCCGCGCUGGGCGCCGACCUGAGCUACACAGCCCACUUGUGUCCAGCGCUGCUUCUCCAGGCACUGAUCGACGGCGACGUGGUGCGGUUCGUGACCGUGGGCGGGGCGGAGUGCUCGAGGUCGAGAGCCAGGGCGGGGCCUGGUGCCCUCGUCGCAGACCUGUUCGCCCAGUUGACCGCUGAGCACCGCGCGGGCAGGCUGGGCCCCGGAGCGCGGCGAGUGGAUGCGAUCCUGCCGGGGGGGCGGCUGCUCAGCAGCGUCUCGUCGGAGGAGACGGUCGCCAGCGUCUUCGGGAUCGCUCGCGCCACACAGGAAAACAGACGCCGCGGCCAGCGGGGCGGCUCUGCAUGGAGGGACCAGGGGAAGCAUUUCUUCUCUGUCGUUGAGUCGGGCAUGCACCUCCUACAGGAG